AUGCGGUCGAUUAGGGCUGGAAAUGUCUACGGAAGUAAGAGAUGCUUACAAAUUGAAACCCGACCUGCGGAAUUGUUUAGUACUGGACAACCAACCCAUGAAACAAGAAGACAUUAUUUACCAGAGCCAGGAUAUUUGACUCCUGGGAUCAGUGCAUUGGAGUAUUAUGAUAGAAGGGCCGAGCUUAUGGCCCAGUUACCAGCCAAGUCCAUAGUUAUAUUGGUUGGUAAUCAAGUGCAGUUCAGCAGUGGUAGUGUAUUUCAUGAGUUCCAACAGGAUAAUGAUUUGUAUUAUUUGACUGGAUGGCUAGAACCGGACUCCGUUGCCAUAAUUGAAAAAACGCUGAAUACAGGUAGCGACGAAGAUAUUGCGUUGCAUAUGUUGGUGCCCACCAAGAAUCCAGCGGUUGAAUUAUGGGAAGGGGAAAGAUCGGGAAUGCAAGGAGCUUAUGAUUUUUUCAAUGCCGAUUAUGUUGAGGAUAUUAAUAAGAUUGAUAGAUAUUUGGAUGGUUUAUUGAAGAAGAAUGAAUAUGUAUAUUGGGAUGAUAAGAAUAAAUCAAAAUCAGGGGUUAAUAAUUCAUCAAAGUUUCAAACUUUUUUCAAUAAUUUUUCCGUUCAUAAGAUUCCUAAUACAAUUAAUGAAACUUUGAAAAAUUCCAGAAAUUGUUUAAUCAGAUCGAUUAAACCUACCAUUGCAAAACAAAGAUCAAUCAAAUCCCCGGCUGAAAUCAAAGUAAUGCAUAAAGCCGGCCAAAUAUCAUCAAGAGCUAUUAACAAGGCCAUUGCCAAAGUUGGGAGUGACGAUCCAAUACAUACUGAAAAGACUUUGUCGAAGUACUUGGAUUACCAAUUUGUUAAAGGAGGUUGUGAUAGACAAGCAUAUAUUCCAGUGGUUGCCAGUGGAUCAAACGCAUUAAUUAUUCAUUAUACUAGAAAUGAUGACUUAUUAUAUAAAGAUGAGAUGGUUUUCGUUGAUGCUGGAGGAAAAUUAGGGGGUUAUUGUGCUGAUAUUUCAAGAACAUGGCCAAAUUCACCUAAAGGAUUCACACCCGAACAAAAAGAUAUAUAUCAAGUUGUAUUAAAUGCAAAUAAAGUUUGUAUUGAUCAAUGUUUUGAAAGUAAUCAAGUAUCAUUGAAUGAUAUUCAUGAAGUUUCAGUUAAAGUUUUAACUCAAGAAUUGAAAAAUUUACCAGGAUUUGGAUUAAUUAAUUCUGGUGACGUUAGCAGAUAUUUGUAUCCACAUUAUAUUGGCCAUCAUUUAGGCUUAGAUUUACAUGACAUUCCUUCAGUUUCAAGAUAUCAAAAAUUGAAGGCUGGUAAUGUGGUAACAAUAGAACCAGGGGUGUAUGUACCAAAGGAUGAUAAAUGGCCAAAAGCAUAUCAAGGAAUUGGUGUUAGAGUUGAAGAUGAUAUAGUUGUUGGGAAAUACAGUAAAGAUAUUUUAAAUUUAACUAGUGGAUGUGUUAAAGAAGUUGAAGAUAUUGAAAGUUUAAUCAGGUCAGGAAAAGUAACUACUCCUGGAGCUUAUGAUGAAUUAGUUGAAUUAAAUAUAUAA